CGUUAUUUUCCCUUUAAACAAAGUAGUUCAUUCUAUAAUAGGAUGUGUUUAGCUGAAAGUCCAACUCCUCCAAAACUUCAGCUAGCUAUAAACUAUCAUCAUGAAUAGGCUAUGGUUAGCUGUUAAUGUAACACUCCGAUUUUCUGGGGGUUCGGUAAUCUUUGCUUACCCAAAUGGAGCUGGAGAGAUGUAUAUGGAUAUAAGUGGUGACUGGCAGGUUGGGACAGGAAAUGAUUUUCUUCUUGAUAUUGAGUCUAAUGCUGCCAAGGUCUUCUGCACUGCUGCACAAUUUUUUGUAGAGAUGUUCUUUCUCAGGGAUUACCAUUGGUGCAUAAAUGGAUCCAGGUAUGAAUUAUUUUCAGUUCCUCAACAAUAUCUGUUUGAGUGCGGCUAUGCCCCUACUCCACAG